AUGGCGAUCAGCCCCAAAGUGCUCAUACCGUUCCUGGUAGCCAUGAUGCUGGUUACGGGAGUCUGCAAUACACUUCUCACAAAAUAUCAAGACAAUGUUUGCGUCCGGAAUUGCGACAAUCCCGAUCCCAAGAAACGAGCAUUAUUCGAGCAGCCGGUCAUACAAACGGCUCAAAUGUUCGUUGGAGAAAUGGGCUGCUGGCUCUUUGUUGGCGCGUUUUCUCUUUAUCGCCGCUAUGUCGCAAAGAACGCAAAGCCGGAAGAGAAUGGUUAUGAAGCAGUUAAUACAAAUGAAGGAGAGGCCGCAGAUAACGAUGGAGCGAGCAUCUUGACAACUUCGACUGCAAAGGCAAUGGAUGUGGAUGAAAACAGAUUACCAUUGGUGGGGUGGAGAGUGCUGCUGUUAGCCCUACCUGCUAUUUGUGAUAUCUGUGGAACAACUUUGAUGAACGUCGGUCUCUUGUUUGUAGUCCCUUCAAUUUACCAAAUGACUCGAGGGGCUUUGGUGCUCUUUGUUGGAGUUUUCAGUGUACUCUUUUUGAAAAGAAGGCUUCACUUAUUCCAAUGGUUCGCUUUGGUGACCGUUGUUCUUGGAGUUGCUGUUGUUGGUCUGGCUGGAGCUCUUUACCAGGAUGAUAAAGCUGCGCCGUCUUCAACAGCGCUUGUACACGACGCACUAAAGCUAGCCGCAAGAGAAGCCAGAACACCAGAAGCCCUACGCGCUAUUAUUGGUGUAUUUCUAAUUGCGGGCGCUCAAAUAUUUACUGCUUCUCAAUUCGUUUUGGAGGAAUACAUUCUAGAAAAUUACGCUCUGGAACCUCUCAAAGUUGUAGGCUGGGAGGGUCUGUUCGGGUUUGGAGUUACAAUCUUCGGGAUGAUCAUUCUCCAUCUUGCAGUCGGUAGAACCGCAGCGGGAAGAUAUGGAUACUUCGAUCUUGUUGAAGGAUGGAGACAAAUUACACAGUACAAAGCCAUUGGAGUCUCAAGUUUGCUUAUCAUGAUUAGCAUCGGCGGCUUCAAUUUCUUUGGACUUUCCGUGACCAGAACAGUCAGCGCCACAUCUAGGUCGACCAUCGACACUUGUCGUACACUCUUUAUUUGGAUUGUAUCAUUAUUUCUGGGAUGGGAAACUUUCAAGUGGUUACAAGUUCUUGGCUUCGUAUUACUUGUGUACGGAACUUUCUUGUUCAACGACCUUGUCCGACCUCCUUUGAAGUCCUGCAUCGUUCGUGAUGUGGAUGAGCUCUUGCCAGAAGAACCUAUUGAACAUAUGUAA